AUGGCGGAUCACGACGACCACCAUAAACACCACUCCAGCUCGAUUCACCACCUACUAGACCCUGCUUCACCAGAAGAAACCGACGGCAGUGGUGGUCCUACCCGCCGUUCCCGUGGUCGUCCACCGGGAUCCAAGAACAAACCCAAACCACCGGUCAUCGUCACCCGUGAUAGCCCCAACACCCUUCGCUCUCACAUUCUUGAGGUAUCCGCCGGCGCAGACAUCGUCGAAAGCCUCAACGUUUUCGCUCGCCGUAGAGGAAGGGGAGUUUCUGUUCUGAGCGGUACAGGCUCCGUAGCUGACGUCACUUUGCGUCAGCCUGCGGAUCCUUCGAACAACGCGGUGACGCUCCAUGGGAGGUUUGAGAUACUGACGUUUUCAGGCACGGUGCUUCCGCCGCCGGCGCCUCCCAAUGCUGGUGGGUUGUCGGUAUUUUUGGCCGGCGGAGGAGGACAAGUGGUGGGUGGGAUCCCGGUUGGUACAUUAGUUGCUUCCAGCCCGGUGGUUCUUGUGGCGGCUUCUUUUGCGAAUGCGGUGUUUGAGAGACUGCCGUUGGAUGAGCCGGAGGAGGAAGGUGGAAGCGCACAAGUUCAACCGACGGCUUCUCAGUGUUCGGGGGUAACAAGCGGCGGCGGAGGGGUUUCUGUUUUUAACACGGCGGCGGCAGGAACCAACAACAGCGGUUCCGAUUACCCGUUUACAGGUGAUGUAAUGGGUUGGGGAUCGAAUUCAAGAACUCCUUACCAACGAGAUUAA